AUGGCGGAGCCCCAUCUUCUCCCCCGACGUUCCUCGUCCCUAGCUUCUUCCGGGUCGACCAGGAGCCAAAGGGCUAGAUCAUUGCGCCCACAGGCGCAUAAGCGACAUUCGACUUCCUCAAAUAACACGACCGACUUGACGUCCUUCCCCUCGCUUUCCCCACCCGACCACACCCCCACCUUGACACGAGGCUUAACGAAUACGUUGAUGGAGAGCGAGGAUGCAGACAAGCCAAAAGAUACCGGUCGUGGGCGCAAGGCCACUUUGGCAAAGCUGACAACCGGUGUCUCUCAUACAGGCCGGGCAGCUCUGUUUGACGAUUCUGUUCCAACCCACGAUAUCCCUGGAGCCCUUCAUUUGGCCGACGACGCACCCAUUGAGAGAUUGAUCGCAAGUACCGGGGCCGUGAAAAUAGUGAGGCAGUUCGCUCGCGACCUGGCUCAACGGGAUGCAGAAAUCUCGGCUUUGAGACAGCGUGCCGACGCCAGAGAGCGAGAGUUGAAGCGCAUGCUCCGUGAAGUCUCCGUAUCCAACCAGGAUAUCGAACGCCGUCUGUAUCAAUCCGAAAAUACACUAGACGAUCGCACCUCGGAUGGGGAGAGUAGCCACAGUGGUGAUCAAGCCUCUCAGCAUUCGUCGGGACUGAACGGACUCAUGUCUCAAGCUAUGACAGAUGCGGUAGGAUCUCAGGACGGGGAUACGCAGGUGUUACCUGAUCAUUUGGCCACCAUUCGAGCGCAACGGUCUGACAGUGACGCUCGCUCAGACCUUGGCCCUAACCGAAAGCGACAAGGGUCUCUUCGUGGCUGGCAGGAGUACUUGUUUGGUUCAACCAACCCAAGCCGGAAGACAAGCCGGGCGAGCAGCAUCAUAAGUGACAUGAAAGAGGUGGACGAGGAAACUCCGGAAGGUUUUCGAGCACCAAUCAACCCUUCGGUUCGACGCAAAGGGCUCGAUGAUCAAUUGUUCCAGCCUCCCAGCGGGCUUCCGGUGAGCGAGGCUACUGGAAAACGUCUUGCUGCUACCAACGGUGACGAUUCAAGCAUUCAUUCACGCAAGUCUUCACGCUCGCUUGGCUCGUGGACUGUGAAAUUAUUUGCCGGCAAUUCGCAAGCAAAGGACAAUAGCGACACCGAGAGCAUUCGAAGUAAGGCAGCAGCCGAUCAGAAUAUUCCCUCUGGAACCUCCAAGGGAGGAAUGACUGCGGUUGCUGCGCUGAAGCAAAUCAACAGCAACACCAAUGUUCCAUCAUUAAGAUCCAACGGCGGAGCAAACUCCAUAUCCAAGAUGAAUCCUCCAAAUCGAAGAAGCGUCGCAGCGGGAAGUGUGUCACAGGGUGCAACACCUGAUGGCGCAGCGAGCUCGACUAAUCUUGGCCCCGUCGAAAUGGAUGCUAUCUUACCCCUGGAAUCGCGCCCUCCUACUCUUGCGCCUAUCUACAAUAAAUCUCAGUCUGGCGAAUUUCUUACAGAUAGGUUUGGGUUUAUUUAUGACCAGCGCCGAAAGCGACGCCAAAGAGAAGCUACCACCGCAAAGCCCGCCAAGCCUACUUUGAGUAUUGCGGAGACACUCGGAAACCUUCGCAGUGAUUCAUCAGACGAGGAUGAUGAUAAACCCGCAUCGAUCAAAACUCCGACCUCUCCUACCUUCUCGCCUGACGACCCCGAGGGCGGAUCAGUUGGACUGCGUCGCUGGCAAGAUUACUUGAAAAUCCCAUCUCGCCCCACAGAGUUGCUUUCUCAUACGCCUUCAGCUGCUCCGAUUGUAUCCCUGACCGAUGCAGCGGAAAGUCGCCCGCACAGCUCUUCCGUGUCGACGGAUAAAGGCUUGUCGGUCAACCCCAGUCCUCAGCCAUCUGCAACCACCUCGGCCGUCACUGCUGAUCGUCCCGAGUUUUCUGGAACUGGUUCCAAUGACGCUGCUGGUCUAUCUAUGAGCAGGGCAGGUGCUGCUGAGACUGAGCCUGUCAAGUUACUCUUGGAGCAGCUCACUGAUCUCCAUGAUACAUUGCAGCGGGAUCGCACUGUGCGGUGGAAUGAAUUUCUUCGGAAAGUCCGUGCCGAGCGUCGAAAAGAAGGCGAAGCUGCCGCAGCAGCGUCUUCUGAUCGAACCGUCACUAUAGUGGACACGCCGGAAGCAACUCUCACCGAUGGCGAAGUUGUUGGGAUUGCAGGACUGGGAAACAAGGGCAAAGUCGGACGUGCUAAGUGGCGCGAAUUCCGCACGCUUGUUCUUGGUGGAAUCCCUGUAGCCCUGAGGGCCAAGGUCUGGUCUGAAUGCAGCGGGGCCUCCGCUAUGCGCAUCCCAGGAUAUUACGAUGAUCUUGUUCGCGGAGUUGGAGGAACCGAGCCAGACUCCACCGUUGUGGCGCAGAUUGACAUGGACAUUCGGCGCACCUUGACCGAUAAUGUCUUCUUUCGCAAAGGGCCUGGCGUCGACAAGCUCAAGGAGGUGCUUUUGGCAUACUCACGCCGCAAUCCGGAGGUUGGGUACUGCCAAGGCAUGAAUCUCAUUGCCGCGUCCCUUUUGCUCAUCAUGCCUACGGCUGAAGAUGCAUUCUGGAUCUUGGUAUCGAUGAUCGAAAUCAUCCUUCCCCAGCAUUACUAUGAUCACGGUCUACUAGCGUCUCGCGCUGAUCAAGUCGUGUUGCGGCAAUACAUCUCCGAGCUGUUACCUAAGCUCUCGGCUCACUUGGAGAACCUAGGCAUUGAAUUGGAAGCGCUGACUUUCCAAUGGUUUUUGUCUGUCUUCACGGACUGUCUCUCCGCGGAAGCUCUGUACCGGGUCUGGGAUGUGGUUCUCUGCCUCAAUGUGACGAGCUCCAUCACCCCUAAUGGUGUCAAAGAUGGAAGUGACAAAGCUACCCCAACACCCGAAGAUCUUGGCUCCGGCAGUGGUGGUGGUAGUACGUUCCUGUUUCAAGUGGCCUUGGCACUGUUGAAGCUCAAUGAGCCACAACUACUUACCACUUGCUCGACACCUGCUGCGCUAUACACCUACAUCAAUCACCAAAUGACCAACCACGCCAUCAGCAUCGAUGGACUGAUUCACGCCAGUGAGGCGCUGCGAAACAUGGUACGACGAGAAGAUGUUGUUUCUCGUCGCGCCGUGGCUCUCCGCGAGAUGCGUGAAUUUGGCGGCCAUUGA